AUGGCUUCUUUGCGGCGAGUCAAAGUGCUGCUGGCGCUCAACUUGCUGGCCGUGGCUGGCUUCGUCCUCUUCCUAGCCAAGUGCAGACCCAUCGCCGUGAAGACGGGGGAUUCCUUCCACGAAGUCCACCCCAGGGCCGAGGUGGCCAACUUGACAGCCCACGGUGGCAUCAGCCCUCUCCAGGAUGCGGUCCUGAAAAGGCUCUCGCUUCUGGAAGAUAUCGUCUACCGGCAGCUCAAUGGUUUGUCUAAGUCACUUGGCCUCAUUGAAGGUUAUGGUGGGCGUGGUAAAGGUGGGCUUCCUGCCACCCUUUCCCCUGAGGAGGAGGAGAAAGCAAAGGGACCCCAUGAGAAAUACGGCUAUAAUUCCUACCUCAGUGAGAAAAUUUCACUGGAUCGUUCCAUCCCAGAUUAUCGUCCAACCAAGUGCAAAGAGUUGAAAUAUGCAAAGGAUCUGCCCCAAAUUUCCAUUAUUUUUAUCUUUGUGAACGAAGCGCUGUCGGUGAUUCUGCGAUCCGUGCACAGUGCUGUUAAUCACACCCCAGCUCACCUCCUGAAGGAGAUUAUCCUUGUGGAUGAUAACAGCGAUGAAGAGGAACUGAAAGCUCCCCUGGAAGAGUAUGUCAACAAGCGAUACCCAGGGCUUGUGAAGGUGGUGCGCAACCAGAAAAGGGAAGGCCUGAUCCGAGCUCGUAUUGAAGGCUGGAAAGCUGCUACUGGCCAGGUCACUGGAUUUUUUGAUGCCCAUGUGGAAUUCACUGCAGGCUGGGCUGAGCCAGUUCUUUCACGGAUCCAGGAAAACAGGAAAAGAGUUAUUCUUCCCUCUAUCGACAACAUAAAGCAGGACAACUUUGAGGUACAACGUUAUGAGAACUCUGCCCAUGGAUACAGCUGGGAGUUGUGGUGCAUGUACAUUAGCCCUCCCAAAGACUGGUGGGAUGCUGGGGACCCUUCGCUGCCAAUCAGGACCCCAGCAAUGAUUGGCUGCUCCUUUGUUGUCAACAGGAAGUUCUUUGGAGAAAUAGGUCUUUUGGAUCCUGGAAUGGAUGUAUAUGGAGGAGAGAACAUAGAGCUGGGAAUUAAGGUGUGGCUGUGUGGCGGCAGCAUGGAGGUCCUGCCGUGCUCAAGAGUGGCUCACAUUGAACGCAAGAAGAAGCCCUAUAACAACAACAUUGGUUUCUACACCAAGCGCAAUGCCUUGCGUGUUGCAGAGGUGUGGAUGGACGAUUACAAAUCCCACGUCUACAUUGCAUGGAAUUUGCCGCUAGAGAAUCCAGGCAUUGACAUCGGGGAUGUAUCUGAGAGAAAAGCUUUAAGGAAAAGCUUAAAGUGUAGGAAUUUCCAGUGGUACCUGGACCAUGUUUAUCCUGAAAUGAGAAGAUACAACAACACUAUUGCAUAUGGGGAGCUUCGUAACAACAAAGCAAAAGACGUAUGCCUUGAUCAAGGUCCACAGGAGAAUCAUACAGCAAUACUGUAUCCGUGCCAUGGCUGGGGACCUCAGCUGGCCCGCUACACCAAGGAGGGAUUCCUUCAUCUAGGGGCUCUUGGGACUACGACUCUUUUGCCUGACACCCGCUGCCUGGUGGAUAACAUGAAAAGCCGGUUCCCUCAGCUCCUCGACUGCGACAAGGUCAAGAGCAGCCUCCAUAAGCGCUGGAAUUUCUUACAGAAUGGUGCAAUCCUGAAUAAGGGGACCGGCCGCUGUCUGGAAGUGGAGAACAGAGGAAUGUCUGGCAUUGAUCUGAUUCUUCGCAGCUGUACAGGGCAAAGGUGGACCAUUAAAAACUUCAUCAAGUAAAGGUAUCAAGGCUAGAAUAGUCUGAAGAACUUCUCUUGAAACACGCCUGACUUGGACCAAUCCAACUGGAACCUUUUGGGAAGAAAGAAAAGUAAAAUCAGAGCUCUGUUCACGUUACCUGUAGAGAACCUUGGGGGAAAUGGGCAUUUGUGUCUUUUUUUUUUUUUAUUGGAUAUUAGUGUCUUGCAGCUGGCUCCAGCUGAGUGAAAUAGGGUCAGAACUGCUAUUUAAUUCUAGCAAGCACUCUGAAGGUAUUGCUUAUUUCUGCUGGGAUGACUGUAAUAAGCCCAUGCAGUCUUGUGAACAUUGUACUGACAGAGAAGUGUUGCUUUCCCAGAUGACUUGAAGCUCUGAUGAAGGGCCAGCAAAGCUUAUACCAGGAUCAGAAGCAAGAAACCUUGGAAAGCACCCCCGCCCCUGGCAAGCAAGCAUCUGAAAGAAAAAGGCUGCCGAGGUUGCAAGCUUAAAAUGAGCCAAGAUAAAUCUACUGGGUGUUUUAAGAUGUGCUCCUCUCUCUCCUUCUCCCUCUCCCCCCACCCCACAACCCUAUACAACAAAGUUCCUAUUUGAAUCUGGCACAAGCACACUUUAAAACGAAGGUCUCAGAAAUAUCCCCCUCAUCCCCUUAAUUUACCCCUCCCAGCAUCGGGAUCUCAUUGACCUAAAUCAGUUUGAAAUAAAAACGUUGAUUUUUUUUUUUCUGUUGCUCCCACCUCCAUGCACACGUGCCUCCUACAACAGCAGCAAUACCCAGCCUCAGUCCUUAAAAUCAUUUCACAGUGUCAUCGCCUCUGUCCUCGCUGCUGAACAUUUCGUUGGAACAGGUUUUCUUGUCCCCAUUGCUGCAAUAUCCCACCAGCAUCCUCCAUGCGCUCUCCUCCGAAAAACAAAAAUACUUCCCCAGCUCUUCCCCGAGGCUGACUGAUACUUUUUCACAGCGACUCCAAUGGACUGCCAAUUGCAGGAUCAGUGCAGGAUGCUUUCAGCGAGGAGGACCAACAGGAGUCUCCCUGCCCAAUAGGCAGACUAUCAGUAGAAAAGCAAGAUAUCAGCCAGCACCAUGGGGAUCCUUGCAGAGCUGUAACAGAACUAAAUCUCAUCUUUAUCCCCUUUGCUCUUCUCUGCUUUUCAAAGUGGUGAUAGCUAUACAAGGACCACAGACAAGCCAAGAACAAGCACCAGGAGAGAAGAUCCUGCUAGGCUUUCCUCAGACCGAAGCAGUGGGAUACAUUCUUAAAAUACCCUAAUUAUGAGUGAAGACAAAAUAAGAACUUAAAGAAAAAAAUAAUCCUUCUUCCCUUGGUUUAACCUCUUCCCAACGAUGGAUGCUUGAGGACAUUUGCUCUACCACUCUUCGUGUGUCAGUGUUGUUAUAGCCUGCUUACAACCUUUCUGGCUUUUGUGUUUCUUUAUGAGCAUUGGCUAAGUAAAGAGGGAGGGGGUUUAACAGAUAAACGAACAGCAAUUUGGUUCAAUACUGAUUUGGUGCUAGUUUUUUCUCCUGCCAUCAUGAUGGGCUGGAGACACUCUCGCCUUCUCAUUUUUGAACCAUAAGGAUAUUUGCUGCCAAAUAUUCUCAGUAAUCAUUGGUGACCUUUAUGCCGGGUUACAGUUCAGGGUGACUAAGAAAGGGAAGUAGGAACACGCCAAGUUAUUGGUGUUUUACAUGGAUGUUAAAGAGUUUAUUUCAUGACAAGCUUUGCUGGUUGGGGAAGGGAGGCUAAUAAUCCUCCCUUUAUCUUUCUCACAGAAUAAUAAUGUUUUUUUCUGGUUGCCCUCUGGUUAGGGUGCACUAAAAAUAUAUUAAUAUAUGAGAUGUAUGUGUAUAUAUGAUUCCCAAAGACUGGAUGUGCACAGAGUUGUUUGCUGCAGAGCACUCAUGCCUGUCUUCCGUUUGGGUCAAGAAGAUGCUACCUUGAUGUUUAACGAGUUUAAUUUUCAGUGCCAUGCAACAGGUUUAUAGCUGCUGAUUUAGUAAUUUAUUGGAGAGAAGCAGAUGUAUUUCAUUAUUCCUUCUAUGGCAAUGAAUGUCACGUAGGACCGAUCAUUCAUGCUUGACAAGGCUCCCUCAUCAAUUGGCAUUUUCUCUCAUUUCCUCUUUGCCCUACCCCACUGUCCUUAAUGAAGUGAAAUCUUUUAGUUGUCCCAAAUUGCAAAGUAGAGAGUCAAUGUAGAAUUUUGCUCUCUUAUUAGCUGUUGCAUCAUCUCUUGUGUAAUAAAUUUUAGCACUUACAAAACCAAUAUGAUCUAUGUUUUCAAAGGUAUAUUAAUUUUUGCCCCUUCCAAGGAAAGCAAUUUGCCAGGAAAUGAAUGUCAAGACAGUUUGGGGGUCCUGGUGGAAAAUAAACGUAAAAGCAGUAAAAUUCGCUCUAUUUAAGUACUUUGUCUGGAUUUUCAUCAGUAAAAAUCUCAUAAUGUUUAAUGCUGGGACAUCGGAACAGGGAUAAAUCUUAAAACAAUCCCAAACUCUUGGGGUUAUUACAAAACUAGGAAUUAGUUUCGCCAACCUGGAACCCUUAACUAACAUUCCUAAAGCCGCCUACAUUGUUAUGACAGUAUUUACAGGCCUGUGUUCCCAAUGACUCCUGAAAAUUGGGCUCUUAUCUCAUGUUGAAUGGAGUUUUCUGUGAGAUUUCUUUUACUUCUUGUCUCCACUUGGACCAGAUGGGUCAAGAAGUAGUAUCAUGGAUGCAUUUGCUUCCAGUUCUGGCUAAAGCCCUUUGCCUGGCUUGGGGAUUUGCCUUAUGGAGGUGAUUGUCGGAAAGAAACUGAACCUGUUUUAUGGUUGGGUUCGAUUUCCCUCUGCACUCGUAUAGUUUCAGGUGGUUAUUCUGAAUGAAUGUGGACGCUAAAUAGUCUUAAGACUUGCUGUUACCUGACUGGAAGAACAGCUGGGAAUGCCAGGCACUGUAGAUACAAGCCAAGGAGUCGGAGUCAAACACUUGACAAAUAUUAGGCUCUAGAAACUGAAUGAAUAGCAAGACUUUGUUCAGUCCUAUUGUCACAGCUGAGCUGAGGGACAGAAAGGAGGCAUUCGUGUAGUACAAAUUGUUCUUGCAUUUUGGAUGGCAGUAUGCAGAGAUGGCCCAAAUCACAGUCCGAUACAAACACUCCUCAAGUUAGAUUCUCCUACAAACCUGGAUUAACUGUUGUAUCUUGUGCCUAUCUCUAGUAAUAUGUUAAUUGCUUUAGCAACUGACAUCCAGGUGGUUCUUAUUAAAUACAUGAUUUGA